UGAUUCUGCUAGCUUUAGUUUGUUUUUGCUUAUUAGUUAGGCAGUCCAAUCUCUUUCUGUGGACUGUUCUUUGUUCUCUUCCCCUUUUCUUUUCUGUAUACUCUUUAAACCUGUUUGAACCGGACUUGGAUCACCGAGGGACACCGAGAACCCUGCAAAGCUGAGAACUGCCCGGAGACUGACACUACCUACAGGAGAGACUUUUCCUGAGUUUGUCACCCUCCUACACCGGUGAAAAAGUUUUUUUGUUUGUCAUCAGGGGUUGUUAAUUGUCCUCUCUUGUGUUGGGAGUGUUUUGUUUAAUUAAUAAACAGGUUUUUUCCACUUUUAUUCCUCUGAGGAAGUUCUUCCUGAACCCAGUGAUGGGGGAGGAGUCUUGGGGGGUUGGUUUGUUUGGUUUUUUUUAAAUUUACCCUAAACUAGGACAAAUUUUUGGCGCCCAAAUUCUGGGGCAAGAGAAAGUGGAAAAAACUUUGUUCUAAUAAUGUUGUUUGAAUUUAUAAUGUCUCUGGGGGUGGAGGCCUGCAUGUAUUUUUGCUCUUUAGGGUUUUUUGAGGUCUUAAUACCUCUCUGGUCCUUGGGUUUAUUUUCUCACCCAGAAAUAGCUCCGGUGUUUUCCCUAGUACGCAGUUUCUGCAGCAGGGGGGCAAUGACCAGAAUAUCCAUCGGGCUGGGCUUAGUUGUAAUGGCUUGUAGGAGGUUUAUAAAGAUGCUGGAGUCUGUUCCAGGAAUGUAUGGUUCAUGGUUAUGGUUAUGUGCCCAGUUUGUUAGAGGAGAAGCAGGGGAUGAGGCUUUUCAGCCUUUGUUUUCCUUCCUCUCCCCCGAAUUUUUUACAUCCCUAUUAGAGUACGUUCAAUUUCCCCUGAAUGUUAAAGAGACCAUCUUCCUGCUGUUCAAUCUAGUAACCUUGCUUUAUACAGUAUGCAGCUUCUAUAGGAUAAGAACUGAGAUUUCUAGAGGGGCUGAUGGGACUCCUGAUUUAGGAUUAGAGCAAAAUGUGAGGAAUCCUGAGUGGUGUGGGAAAUGGGAAAAUAUAGGCCAAAUCUUAAAGGAAUUUUCUGAUCCUAUAGUCUGGGACUUUCCCCCUGAACAAAUUCAAAACCCAGAUGAGGUGGCAAAAUACCUUAAAGAGAAAUGCCAUGAUAACUCCAAGGAGAAAAAGAUCAUUGCAGUGAGCUGGUCCCUAGCAUAUGCUUAUCGCACUCUGCUAGAUACUGUAGGGCAGCAGGCAGAGGAAAGGGGACAGGGAGAUAAAUCAACCACUAUCCCAGUCACUCAGGCUGCAGCCAACAUCCCAGGCUCGAGGCCAGCAGCUAAACCAGACAGUAAGCCUCAACCAAUGGCUGUUGCUACUAGCACGAGAAGUGGGAAGUCCACAGACAAGACCAAUCGACCAGUGGAUGAUGAUGAUGAUGAGGAUGCAGGAGAAGGACCCUCAGUGCCCCCUGACAUAAAACCAGGAGUCAAAGCAACUGGUACAAGAUCAGAGGCCAAUAUUGAGUCCUUUUCCCUAAAGGACCUCCGUGGUCUAAGAAAGGAUUAUACUCGACGACCUGAUGAGUCUAUAAUUAGUUGGUUGGUCCGUCUUUGGGAUGCUGCAGGCGAGGCUACAAUUCUGGACGGCACUGAAGCGAGGCAUUUGGGAUCCCUGUCACAUGAUCCUGUCAUCGACCAAGGAAUGAUGAGGAGGACUAACCCUCACAGCCUCUGGGCACGGGUCCUGGACAGUGUAGCACAAAGAUACCUGUGUGCAGACGAUCUUUAUAUGCAGCAGACACAGUGGAAGACUAUAGAACAAGGGAUCCAAUGCCUGAGAGAAAUGGCAGUGGCAGAGAUUAUCUUCUCAGAUGACAUAACAACUAGGAAUCCAGACUUGGUACCAUGUACAUCUGCGAUGUGGCGAAAACUUGUGCGACUUGGGCCACUUGAAUACGCUUCUGCUUUGGCAAUAAUGAAGAGGGAUGAGAGGGAUGAGACUGUACUCGAUAUGGCGAAGAAGCUCCGAGCAUAUGCAGAUGCUGUACAUGGUCCAACACAUGCCAGAAUCGCAGCUGUGGAAACACGUCUGCAGAAAUUAGAAGACAAGAUAGAGGAGAAUCAUAAGAGACUCAGGGAUGAGAUUAAGGAGGACCUUCUCCAAAUCUCGGCUGCACCAAUUAGAGGCCCUGGUAUCCAACGCAGAUGUUCCCCUGAUGGGGAGAGAAGGUACACCCCACGGGCUGAGCUGUGGUUCUUCCUGCAUGAUUGUGGAGAAAACAUGAGGAGAUGGGAUGGAAAAUCUACUGCUGCUCUGGCACAACGGGUGCAUGAAUUGAAGGAAGGCAAGACUUACCAUCCAGUUGUUGGUGGGGCACACAUCGAGAUCCUUUCCCUCAAUCCCCAGGAAAGUAACCGUGGAAUCUGUGUCCAAAUUCUGGGGAGAAGUCCCGCAUGCCUUCAGAGUAUGUGUGUAGGAGGCAUCUGCCUCUGUGAAAAUUGUGUGUGCUUUUAUAGAUAAUAAAACAGUGUCUCUCAGCCAGGAAUAUUUAUCUCUUCCCACUUCUGCUCUCCAGACUAAGAUGUUGAUUCUUAGUUGUGGCCUGAGCCUUUUUGGUGCCAGAGAUGCCCCCUUGCCGGGUCUUUCACCCACCUAGGUUCUCUCUUCCAUAUGCACCAACCUUCAGGGAGCAGGGUAGACAUGUCCUGUCACAAGGUGACAUGGCCGACAGCCCAGCUGAGAUGCCUUUACACCAAUGCACACAGCGUGGGCAGCAAAUGGGAAGAGUUUGAAGCCACUGUGCUACUGGAAAGCUACAACCUGGCAUGGUUUAAAUCAACUGCUAUGAGAUCUGUGAAUUUCACAUAUCCUCCUAUUUAUAUUAUUUUUUAAAACCAAAGUUGUCCUGCUUGAUUGAAAUCAAUACUAAAUGAAAAAGCACUGGCAUGGUGUCUUGGGUCAAGUGGGAGCUUCAGAUAAAGUUUACUAAAGAAAAGUUCUCUGAGUCUGAGGUGCAGAAAGAACCCCUUUGUGUAUUUAAACUCCUCCACAGAAAGGGGUUUAAAUGAAGGCAAAAUCCUUCCUUAGCCUCAUGUAGCAGCUGGUGCCUGGGGUCUAUCAGCCCCUGGCUGCCACCUGACUUCCCGUAUAGAGAGGUCCCACAAGGAGCAGCCUUUCCUGGAGUCUUAGGCAGGCUCAGCCACGAAAGUACCAAUAUGCAAGCAAUGCCUGGAAUUCAGGCGAUCAGCUCUUAUAGUGAUUUCAACUUAGAGUGAUUUCACUCAGCUUGCAAAGUACCUCGGCCAGGGCAAAAAUAUGAGACUGAGACUCGCUGUAUAGAGGUUCCGCAGAGUUCUUUAUUGUCUUCUCCUGCGAAGGGGAGUCCAGGGACAGCAGAAGUCCACUGAACUGGGUAAAAGCAGGAGUUUUUAUAUAGUUAGUGUGGCUUGGCAAAAGAACCAAUAGUUUUGGGGUUGAGGGAAUAUGACCAAUAGUUUUACCAGGAGAUAAAGCGGGAAUCUUGAAGCGGGGAGAAGGGCUUCUUAGCCUAGUCACCAUGACUAAGCAAUUCUUAUCUAGGGAAUAGCUCUCCAAGGAGGCCUUGCAGGGGUCCCUGCUCCUUCCACAGCCUCAGAAUCUGUUAAUAAAUUAAAGGAAUUAUAGAGCUGUGAUAAAAUCGCUUUGCCUCACAAGUUUAAAUGACGGCAAAUCAAAUCUAUUUAUAAAAGAUUAGUUAUCUAUUAACACAAAUUAACAGACAGAAGAUCUUAAUCAGAAUUACUUACUACACAGUAUAAAGCUAAAACCUACUAGUUGGCUAUAGUAUGAUAUAAAUGGCAAAGUGCACUAUAUUAAUGCAAUUACUUUAAAGCAAUUAUAUUAAAGCUAGCAAAAGAAACAUUAAAUAGAGGUUGAUGUAUCACCACACUCCAGCCAUGGAAUACUUCUUCCUCUUUCUCUCAGUCACUGGGAAGUAACCAUGGAGAGGCAUCCCAAAUCUUCAGAAGAAACUCCAUAUACUUAAUGUAUGUGGAAGAAUCUAACUGUAUGGAAAGUGGACUGGAUUUUAUAAAGAAGUUGACUACCAGUCAUAUGUCUUCAGGUCAGUUAAGCAGCUUAUCUGUCAAGUCUUACUUCAAAAGGGCAGAUGUGUGUUUGAAGAUGGCAAGCUAAGAUGGCUUUUUAGCAUAUUUAACUCUAAAAAUAUCACGAUGGGGCCACCAAUAACUUACCACAGAUAGUUUGCAUUGCUUUGUCUUUGGACUGGAUUCUAGGCCAAGCAGAUAAGCUUUAUUUGGGCAAAGCAUCCUGCUACAAGUUCCUAAAACAGCUGGAUGAUAACUUCAUGGUACAGGUACUAAGGGAGCUGACUAGGAAGGACACCCUUCUUGAUUAGUUGCUUGUUAACAAAGGGGUCUCCUGAAUGAUGAUUGGUGGCUGCCUUGGCCACAGCAACCAUAAAGCAGUCAAGUUUAAACACUCUGUUGACAGAAGGAAAACUAGGAAAACUACCAGCAAAACUUCAACCCUGGACAUGAGGAGAGCAGACUUGAGGUUGCUCAGGGAACUAGUUAGCAAGGUCCCCUGGGAAAAUGCUUCUGAAAGUGCUGAUGCUUUAAAGACCUAGAAAUAAAACAAUACACUUCCGAGACAAUAUUAGUAUAGGAGGCAAUAUAAAGACUGGUCUUUAUUGGAGGCCUCCAGGGGCAGAUAUGGAAAAAUGCCCACUCCCACAUGGGGUGAAUAGAGUUUUAUAGGUUUAGCAAAUUAUAGUUGACAAGAAUCCCCAAUUAAAAGCACAAGUGAUUAAGUAAUCCCCCCCCUUUGGUUCCACCUCAUCAGUAACUCCCCUUUAGAUAAACAUUUUUUGUUUAUGAAAAUGUGUCUGUGGAGGGUAUUUCGUCUUUGGCUCCCAGGAAGAACCAAGAUAGGAUAGGAGCCUUGGACCCCUGGGGUUUGGAGCUUCUGGAAUGGGUUUUCUCUUUAUGCCUAUCAGGAUGGGGAAUAGUAUUGGAGCUAGCUAGGAACUAUAUAACUGUACAACAAUAGUCAUGUAAUGGGGUGACUGUAUGGUCCAGUAUCCCCAUCGUCUGUGGUGUAAAUAUCACUGUUUGCUGAAUGUCACUGCCACUAUCUGUAUAUAACUGUAUAUUGAACAUAUAUGUAUAUAUCUAUGUAUAAAUGUGUGUGUGUCCUGUAGCUUUAAACUAGGCACAGAGAGUGAGAAAGAGAGGGGAGGGAGCGGUGAAAUUACUCUGAGAUCAGGAGUGCAGUGCUCCCUGAGUUCUCGGCUUUUGCAGAGAGAGAGAGAGACAGAGGUUUUCUUUGCUUUUUUUUUUUUUUUCUGCUGGUUUUCCUCGUUAGCUACAGCAAGAAAGGUUUUCCCAGGACUGUGUCUUUUUUCUGGAACUGUUCAGCUUCUCUCUGGUCCACAACACCAGGACCAUUGCCUGGGGGCUACCCCAAGCUGGUCUGCAGCCUGGACACCGGGUUCCUUCUCAAGAGGGAUUGAGGGAGACUCAGCAAGGCUGAGACACACCCACGGAGGACUCUCUGAACUACAGAAGGACUUUAUGAAUUUACCAUCUCUUCAGAACAGCGAGAGGAGAUUAUCUACCGAACUGGUUGGAGGAGGGGCUGCUGAAUCCUGCCCUUUAGAGGAAACAUCCUUUGGGAAGUUUCUAAAUCUGUCCCAAACCAGGACAUGUCUACAGAGCUAUGAAUAUAUAUGAAGGAAAUAUAAAAGCAAAACUCAUUCUGGCAUGAGUGCUGGGGUCUAUCAGUUCUGGUCACUUCUUAAGCACCACCUCCUAAGAGCAGAGGAGCAGUGUCCUGGGGUGAUGUUAUGAUACUGUAUUGUCUGCUUUAUGCCCAGACAUGGGUCCUGUAACUUUGAGCUAGGUCGGAGAGAGGGAGGGGAAGCCAGUGGAAUUCUUUUGGCGUGGUUUUCACACAUCCUCCUCCAAGUUUGCUCAACUGUGUUGUACAGCACGGACAGAGGGAGUACAUCUUUGCUAUUAGCUAGCUUCUUGUUUGUUAGCUGAGGCAAGAAGUUUUUCUGGGUCUGUGGCUUCUCCUUCUGGAACCGUUCGCCUUUGCCCCAGUCCGAACACCAGAACACUGCCGGGACCCCCACGCCGGAAGGGAGGCCCCGGUACGCUGCAUCCCGGCUCCAGACCUUGGGAAGAGCCGAGCCACACCUACAGAAAGAACUCUGAAUCCACCAGCUUCCUCCGCAGGGAGAAGGUUUCAAU